CUUUUUUAUUAUUAUUUUUUCUUUUUCAUAUCCAACAAACCAAACAAAAUAUUAAUAAUAAAAAAUUUCUUAAAAAGAAAUUAAUAAUAGAAUUAGUUACUUAUUAUUUUAAAGUUCUAUUCUAACGCACCAAUUUUGGCUUUUCUUUCUCAUUCUCAUCCAUUUAUUUAAAUUAAAUACAAUAUUAAUAAUAAUUAAACAAAACAUAUUUUAUUUAAAACCCCUUACUUUAUUCUCUUAUUCAUUUCUCAGUGUUGAGACUGUAGAACUUUUCAAUCUCAUCCUUCCAUUACCCAAAAACCUCACCAAUCACACCCUUACACGCUCUCUUCUCUGUAAUGCUCGCCAUCUUCCUCAUCCUCGGCCUCUCCGAACCCUAAUUCUCUAACCCUCUUACCAUUUUCUUAUACUUUCACCAUCCAUGGCUUCCUCGCCGCAAAACCACCAUGGCCGUGAGCUUGAGCUCGAGAACGACAAUAACGACGAAAACCACCAUCUCGUUUUCAAUGGCGACGGUAAAGGCAAUACCCAUGUUCCCAAAAAGCCCAAGCUAUCUUCUUUCAUCACAGAAUCCGAAAUUAGAUCCGAGUUCGCUCACCAUGACCAGACUGUUGCCCGGAUCAACAACGGUAGCUUUGGUUGUUGCCCGGCUUUCGUUAUGGAUGCGCAGAGGAUAUGGCAACGAAGGUUUCUGGCUCAGCCUGAUGAUUUCUACUUCAAUGGACUGAAGAAAGGGAUUCUUCAUUCCAGGACUUUAAUCAAGGAUUUGAUCAACGCCGAACACGUGGAUGAGGUCUCCAUCGUUGAUAAUGCCACCACCGCUGCCGCCAUCGUCCUCCAGCAGACCUCAUGGGCUUUCUCCCAGGGAAAAUACGACAAAGGUGACGCCGUCGUUAUGCUCCAUUAUGCUUACGGCGCCGUCAAGAAAUCCAUCGAGGCUUAUAUCACACGCGCCGGCGGGCACGUGAUUGAGGUACCUUUGCCUUUUCCCGUAAACUCUAAUGAAGAGAUUGUUACUGAGUUUAGAAGAGCUUUAGAGAGAGGUAAGGCUAAUGGUAAGAGGGUUAGGCUUGCUGUAAUCGACCAUAUUACUUCAAUGCCUUGUGUGGUAAUACCCAUUAAAGAGUUGGUCAAGAUUUGUAGGGAAGAAGGUGUUGACCAGGUUUUUAUAGAUGCUGCUCAUGGUAUUGGGUGUACCAAAGUUGAUAUGAAAGAGAUUGGAGCUGAUUAUUAUGCUAGUAAUUUACAUAAAUGGUUCUUUUGUCCACCUUCUAUAGCUUUAUUGUAUUGUAGAAAGUCUCCCAAGGUUGCUGAUUUACACCACCCUGUUGUUUCUCAUGAGUAUGGUAAUGGAUUGGCUAUAGAAAGUGCUUGGAUUGGAACAAGGGAUUACAGUCCUCAGUUGGUGGUGCCUUCUGCUUUGGAGUUCAUCAAUAGGUUUGAAGAUGGUAUUGAGGGGAUUAAGAAGAGAAACCAUGAAGAAGUUGUUAAGAUGGGGAAGAUGUUGUCUAAUGCUUGGGGAACCCAUCUUGGUUGCCCUCCUGAGAUGUGUGCAAGCAUGAUAAUGAUUGGCUUGCCUGCUUGUUUAGGGGUUUCUAGUGAGAAAGAUACUAUAAAGUUGAGGACUUAUUUGAGGGAAGAGUUUUGUGUUGAAGUUCCUCUCUAUUACCGGCCUCCUAAAGAUGGAGAGAUUGGUUCCCUAACUGGUUAUGCUCGCAUUUCACAUCAGGUGUAUAACAAAGUUGAUGACUAUAUUAAACUUAGGGAUGCCAUUAACAAGCUUGUGUCUGAUGGAUUCACUUGCUCUCUUCUCUCUACAUGAUGAGUUCAAUGAGGCACUGAAGAAAUCUUUUGUGAGGAGAAUAACAGCUAUGUUUCUCUAAAUCCUUUUGGUUGCAAUGGUUUCGGUACCAUUAAAGCCAAAAUCACUGGUAGAGAAAUGAAUUGCAGAUGUGCAUGUAUUAUAUGAGCUGAAAUAAUUUUAUUUUAUUUUUUUCUCAAGCCUUUUCUGAUUUUAGUUUCUAGAGAUGAUGACUUCUGCUAGUCUGUUGAAUUGACCCAUCUUAGUUAGUUUUCCUGUAAAAAUGUUUCUUAACUCCUUGUAAGUGCAUGUUGCUAUGAGACUGAAAUAAGACUUAUUCUAUAUACAAAUAAAGGCUGACCUAAUUUAAAGAUGAUGAUGACUCUUGAGAAUGUCAUUGUCAUCUCUUUCUUUGUUUUGCUUUCCA